CGGGCUUCCGGCUCAGCAAAGGCUCGCGGGGCGGUUUUCGCAGGGGACGACCCAGUAGGACCGUCCGGCGGAGAAUCGGCCCGCCGGCGCCCGGCCCUGCAGUCUCCGAGGAGUCGCGUCCGUCGCCCCUGCCGCCCUAAGCCGCGGUCCCAGCCAUGGCUGCACGCCUGUUCCGCGGCUCCCUGCGCUGGUGGGGCUACCGGUGCGCCCCGCCCUCGAGGCCCGCCGCGAGAUGUUCUCAUUCCGGAGGGGAAGAACGUCUAGAAAGUCCUUCUGCUAAAAAAUUAACAGAUAUAGGAAUUAGAAGAAUCUUUUCUUCAGAACAUGACAUUUUCCGGGAAAGUGUAAGGAAGUUUUUUCAAGAAGAAGUGAUUCCUUACCACACAGAAUGGGAGAAAGCUGGAGAAGUGAGUAGGGAGCUUUGGGAAAAAGCUGGAAAACAAGGACUGCUCGGUGUCAAUAUUGCUGAGCUUCAUGGUGGUAUUGGUGGGGACUUUUAUUCGGCAGCUGUUGUUUGGGAGGAACAUGAUUUGCAAGGAGUAAGAACAAAUGCCAAAAAGGAUGGAAGCGACUGGAUUCUCAAUGGAAGCAAGGUAUUCAUCACCAAUGGGUGGCUGAGUGAUGUUGUUAUUGUUGUGGCGGUCACAAAUCGUGAAGCUCACUCACCGGCCCAUGGCAUUAGCCUUUUUCUGGUGGAAAGUGGAAUGAAAGGAUUUAUCAAGGGACAAAAGCUACAAAAAAUGGGACUAAAAGCCCAGGAUACUGCGGAAUUAUUCUUUGAAGAUGUCCGGUUGCCAGCUAGUACUCUACUUGGAGAAGAAAAUAAAGGCUUCUAUUACCUCAUGCAAGAACUUCCACAGGAAAGGCUACUGAUUGCUGAGUUGGCAGUUUCAGCCAGUGAAUUCAUGUUUGAAGAAACCAGGAAUUACGUUAAAGAAAGAAAAGUUUUUGGGAAAACAGUUGCACAUAUGCAGACAGUGCAGCAUAAGCUGGCAGAAUUAAAAACACACAUUUGUGUAACCAGAGCUUUUGUGGACAGCUGUCUUCAGCUGCAUGAAAAGAAACGUCUGGACUCUGCCACGGCCUCCAUGGCGAAAUAUUGGGCAUCUGAGUUACAAAACCGUGUAGCUUAUGACUGUGUCCAGCUCCAUGGAGGUUGGGGAUACAUGUGGGAGUACCCAAUUGCAAAAGCUUAUGUGGAUGCCCGAGUUCAGCCAAUCUAUGGUGGUACCAACGAAAUAAUGAAGGAGCUGAUUGCAAGAGAUAUCGUCCAUGACAAAUAGACAUCUGCCCACAUCCUGGAAUCCUGUUACAACUAAUCUGGUUUUAAAUCUACUCAAGAUAAAAUGCAACCUGGCAAGGGAGGAAACGCUAAACAUGUUUUUAUAUGCUCUAUUAAAGAGAAAUCAAAUAUGAGAUUAUUACAGUGGUAGGAGAAACUUUGAAUUCAAAGAUUCUAAAAUUCUCCAGUACAAGGUUUAACUUUUAAUUUUUUACAUAGCUAAAAGGCAAAAAUUUUCUGAUUCUAGAAACCUUGGUGUUUGAUUCUCUCUAAAACUCGAAAAAAGCAUAAUUGCUUUCAAAUUGAGGCAGCAAUAGUUUUGUUACUAUUACUAUUUAUAGUAACAUUAAUAAUAGUUACAGCACAUUGACUUUGAAAGGGAAGAAUAUACAAUGUAAAUGAUUUCUACCACCCUCUCCUAAACACUCUGUUUUUAGGCCCUGGAAUCAUUUCCUCAAACAAAAGCUUAUGCAGAGUCUCUGAAAUGCUGAUGAAUGAAGAGCUGCUUUAGUGGAAGCAGGAACCACUGGAUUCCUGGAAUCCCUAAACUCAAGCUGAGCAUUUACCCAACCCCACCCAACUAGAGAAUGUGGUCGCUUCUCUCAUCUACUAACACCUGGGCUUUCAACAGAUUUCAUCCCAGUUUCAUUUAUAGGAGAACACAGAAUAAUUUAUCAUCCUUUAGUUUCAAUAUAUUGGUAUACCUUAUAGGUAUCAAAACAGUGACUUUUAUUUUGGAGCGGUGUACUAAAAAACUAACAAAUAGGGGCGCCUGGGUGGCUCAGUCCUUAAGCAUCUGCCUUCAGCUUGGGUCAUGAUCCCA